AUGAUCAAGAAAAUGAAGAGAAACUGCGUGAACAAUCAGGCAAGAAACAAGACCACCAAGCGAGCUGCCGCUCCUCCUGGUCUAUCGUUCCCUGAAAAGGUCUACCAGGUGUUGCAACUGUGCGAAGAGAAUGGCAGGACCGACAUCACUUCCUGGAUGAACCACGGCGCAGCCUUCAAAGUGCACGAUUUCAAACAGUUCGAACGAGACCUUCUUCCCAGGUGUUUCAAUACCAAGAAGUAUGCUACCUUCACACGAAUGCUACGCGCCCAUGGAUUCAUUGGUGUUCGGACGGGAAGACAAACAGGGAUUUACUCGCAUCCAGCCUUUAGGCGCAACAAUCCGGAUGCGCUUUCGUUGAUAAGGAGAGUACAGACAAGAUCACCAGUAUUUUCCAACCCCUACGUUGAAGUAUCCAGCAGCCUUAUGAUGUACGCUUUCUUAGAGCCAAGAACCAUUCAAGAGAUGAAGGAGAAUCCAGUUGACUUGAACAUAUGGUACAAGUUCUGGCGAUAG